CAUACUACGGUCACACUAGUCACACACACUGACUCAGACACUAGCUUUUUCAUUUUUGUUUUAUAUGGGGAGCGGAUUUAGAUAAAAAACGCGUUAAAAUCGUGCAAUAAACCAAAAUGACAUCUUACGUACGUGCUAUGUACGAUUUUUCUGGUGAGCCUGGCUCAUCGGAAUUAUCGAUUCUCACCGGCGACAUCCUAACCGUGACGCGCAGCGAUGUGGGCGAAGGUUGGUGGGAGGGCAAAAACAAUCGGGGACAAAUUGGUCUCUUCCCAGCGGCAUACGUGGAGGUGAUGUCGGCGGCGGAGGCGCGUCAAUUUACCACAGGUGACUCAAGCGCUGCCCAAUCCUCAGCCCUCGAUCCCUUUGGCCCAAUACCAGCGGCACCACGAUACGAUCCCACGCCCGAUGGCGACGAUGACAGUAUAUGGUCCGAUAGCGAAGACAAUGAAACCUAUUCGGAAAUUGCGCCCGCUGGAGGCAAAACAGCUGGAGCGGCAGGAGUACGUAACAGUGGCUUAACGCAUUCGACUAGCGACUACGACAACAGGCAUCUACCUGUUGCACCCAGCGAGGACGGCAUCUCUUUGAGUUCGACGGCAACGGGCGGUGGAGCAAGUGCAGCGACCAUGCGUAAAGGCAUGUUUGCCAAGAGCUCGGAUUCCUAUAUACUCGGUCUGUUCACCAGCAAAGAAGUAAUACCCGAAUGUGAAAAAGCCUAUAUUACGCAAGUGGAGGAUUCGAUAUAUCAGUGGACACAGAAUCAUUCGCCGUAUACGGUGAUUGUGGCCAGUCCCAAAAAGGAAUCCAAAUUCAAGGGCAUGAAAACAUUCAUUGCCUACCAGCUGACGCCUAGUUUUAAUAAUAUCUCCGUGUCGCGUCGUUAUAAGCACUUCGAUUGGCUGCACGAACGCCUGACGGAGAAGUUCUGCUUGAUACCGGUGCCACCGCUGCCAGACAAACAGAUCUCGGGACGCUAUGAGGAGCAAUUCGUGGAGCAUCGACGCGUCCAAUUGCAGGAAUUCGUCGACUGGGUGUGCCGACAUCCCGUCAUCUCGAAAUGCGAAGUAUGGUAUCAUUUUCUCACGUGCACCGACGAAAAGAUCUGGAAAUCGGGCAAACGGAAGGCCGAACGUGAUCCCUACAUGGACAUCAACUAUUGCAUGGCCAUCUCGCCGCCAUCGAAUCACUUGCUCCACUCGAAAGUCGAUGCCCAGAUAGAGAGCGGCACACAAUUCAUUCACAGCAUGGACGGAGCCAUUCGCAAUCUAAACAACAUUUCCAACGACAUGGCCAAACGUUCGCUGGUCCAGAGUAAAAAGGAAUUCCAACGCAUCGGCGAUGGCCUCUCAGAACUGGCCAAGGCGCUGGACAUAGAUGAGCGACGAGCGCCAACGCGCAACGGUUCAUCGCUGGCUGGCAGUGUUGGUCGCAUUGGCGGCAUCUACAUUGGCAUUGGUCAGAUGUUUAUGGAUCAGCCGAAACACGAUUGGAUACCGCUCUCCGAUCGAUUGCAUAUCUACAGAGGCAUCUUGAACUGCUUUCCGGAUGUGUUCUCUCGACACAAGGGCGCCAUACAGAAGCGCAAGGAUUGCGAGCGAUCUACGGCCGAGAAUAAGAUGAGUCCCGCCCAGCUGCAGGAUGUGAACAGACGCACCGAUGUCGUCUCCUACACGGUGCUGGCCGAGCUGACGCAUUUCAAGAGCGAACGCGACACACAUUUGAAGCAAACAAUCAAGAACUUCAUUGGUGAGCAGAUCAAAUUUUAUCAGGGUGUCGUGGCACGACUUCAGGAGGCGCAACGCCAGAUUGAAUAACAAUCCAAAAGGUGUUCAAUGAUCGUCGAUCCGGCUGGGAGCACAAAACAAACAAAACAUUACACUACACUAAACUACACUACAAAAUAGCUGAAAACAUUCGCACGCGUGCAUUUCAAAUGCUUUAAACAAAUACUAUAAAAUAACAAAAAAAAAAACGGAAAGAAAAAAAAUGCAAAUGAAAAUUA